UUGUUGAGUAUUGUUGUUGGCUGUAAGACGAAGAAGUUCAUCAAGCCGCAGUUUUACGGUACAGUACAAGUUCAGCUCAACGGACCGACCCUUUCCCAAAGUGAAGAUGGUUCCUACCAGGACUACGAUUAAAUUUUAUAUGCAAACAACAUUGCAAAAAUUCAAUACAUUAUUAUUCUUCUAGUCAGAGUAUAACGAGAUUUUAGGAUUAAGUAAGUCAGGCACGGUUCAGCAAGUUAACAAGUUUGCUGCCCAGCGGUGGUUCAGUGUUGAUAUACAACUACGAACGGUUAUUGGAUCAUUUGGAUCCAACCAUUUCGAAAUAUGACACAAAUAAAGUAACAUAAAAUUUAAAGUGAAAUUGAAAACAUACGCAAGAAAAAAAUAAUGUGGUGGUGUUAAAUAUAAAGUUUUGGGUUCGCGUCCCGUUUUGGAUAAAGUGUGUGAGGUGGUGGUGUCGUGUUUAAAAUGAGGUUUAUUAAUAGUCUUGCAAGCCGAGAUGCGGUGGAAAUGUCCUUAUUUAGCAUAAAAUCAUGGUUUAUAGUGUUGUUUGUUGGGUUAUCGAUUAACGUGGUGGGACAUGGACCUCGAGGGGUUAGUGGUCAGGCGAGGGCGAAUAUGUCUCCAUCCUUUGUAAAUGGAGGAGACUUGUCCAAGGUUUCCGUACCGGAAGAUACGCCAGUGGGAUCGGUGGUUUACAGAUUAAAGGGGAUGGACCCUGAAGGAGGGGAAUUAACUUACAGUAUAAGUGGGGAAUAUCUGCGAGUCAAUAAAAAAUCGGGAGACUUGACACUAAUCAAAGCUCUGGAUCGCGAAGCAGAGCCGAAAAUCGAUGUGAUCAUCAGUUUAACCGAUGAUGGCUUUGGAUCAGAGCCUUCAACAGUGUCAUUGCGAAGGGAGAUUUACAUUCAGGAUCGAAAUGAUAACCCGCCAAUCUUUCACAAACGACCUUACACGUUUAAAGUCGUGGAACGUGCCAGAGUGGGUUCCACCGUGUUUGCUGACAUUCCCAUCACGGAUGCCGAUUUUGGGAUAAAUGCUCAAGUAAAUUUGACAUGCUCUUAUGAAGACACGCCUCUCGCUUGCCGCACGUUUAGCGUGGCUUCGGAAAAGGUUGGGGACGGUAAAUACAUCGGAAUCAUCUCGCUCGCAAUUCCACUCGAUUAUGAGACGCAUUCCUCUUACGCGAUGACAAUGAAGGCCACGGAUGGAGUUAACAAUGCCACCGCAAUGGUCACCAUUUCCGUUCAAGAUUUACAAGAUCAAGCCCCCAAGUUUUAUGGGGGUCCGUAUGUUUUCAAAGUUAAGGAGAAUUCGCCAGCAGGGACAAAAGUUGGUGAAAUAUCCGUCCAGGAUGCAGACGUUGGAAAUCCGAGAGCAUUACAAUUAAGAUUAAUUGAUGAAGCGGAUAACGAGUAUUUUAGACUGAAUGAGAUCCAAAGGGAUCCAUACACGGGAACUUACACGGCCGUGGUGGAGACCACGAAUAACACGUUGGAUGCGGAAGAUGAGUUUAUCCGAGAAAACCUCGGUGUUUACGAGCUUAUUCUCGAAGCACGAGAACUGCCAUUGGACUCUGAUGACCUCGAACCCACGCUAAUCACGAGGACGGGAAUGGCCGUAAUGGUUAAAGACGAGGACGAUCACAUUCCAGAAUUCAGACCCUCGACAUUCACUCGAAUACUAAAAAUCCCAUAUAAUGCCGGUGAAAGUUGGACUUUCCCCGAUUUCCGUGUCGAAGUUGAAGAUGGUGAUGUAGACUCGUACAACUCCAAGUUUGAGUUAAAAUUUGACUGGAAUUUAGAAAAUCACAAAGUUCCGGUCGACAAAGUGUUUCAAUUCGUGACGCCAACACAAGACCAUCCCACAAUUCAGUCUAAAGGGAUUAUAACGAUGGAAGUGACAAACGUGUCCCUACUUUCGCCCGGGGUGAAGAUUGAUCUCCAAAUCGGUGCUUAUCAGAAGGGUCAUCUCGUUUCCAAUCUCAACGUCCCCAUCGAAGUUGCUUCAGGACCUAAAAUACUGCCAGCGUUUAGUCAAAAUGUGUACAAAUUUUCGGUCCCUGAGGACAUACCAGAGGGUGGACUGAUUGCCAAAAUAUCGGCACGAAAUCAUGAUGAGAUUGACGGGGUCAAAUACACUCUGAUUGGGGCUGCAGCAGAGAGAUUUAGUGUUGACGAGAACACUGGAGAAAUUCGGUGCAAACUUGCCUGCCUGGACUUUGAGAAGGACAAGAGUCAUUUCUUCCUGAUCCGGGCGAAAGCAGGGGAUGCCGUGGACGAAGAAGUUUUUGCAUUAUUUCACUUGGAUGUCCUCGAAAAAAAUGAUAAUCGACCUGAAUUUGUCAAUGUUCCUGGAAUCAUGACCCAGACUGCGAAUGGGAACGUGAUGAAGAGAGCAGUUCAGGAUGGCGCGGACAAGUUUGAUCCUCCCUUUCUGGUGAAAGCGUUAGAUCCAGACUCGGAUGACAAAAUUACCUACAGCGUCAAUGACCACUCCAUGAGCAGCUCUGGAAUUACGAUUGAUCCGGAAACUGGAGAAUUGCUGUUGACUAAACCUUUACGUUGGUCUGAAAGUGGAGAACAUAAGCUUACCGUAACAGCAACUGAUACAACUGGAAAAUUCAGUAUCCAACAAGUCCUCCUUGUUGUCCAAGCCGUGCAAAACAUUCCGCCCACUUUUCCUUACCAAGUUGAGCAAAUCCAAGUACCGGAAACACUUCAGAAGGGAUCUCAAGUUUUGACGGUGAAAGCUCAUGAUCCCGAUGGUCAGGAUGCGUCAAUCAAGUACAGCAUCGACUAUCAACCCAUGGCAGACCUUUUUGUGAUUGAGGAAGGAACUGGAACCAUACGACUCAACGGGGACUUGGAUUAUGAUUUAAAACAGCGUGUAUAUCGUGUCCAAGUUCGUGCAGAAGAUGAGGGCAAACCGUCCGAAAGUGCGAAAGCUUUCGUUGAAAUCGCAGUUCUUCCAGUGAAUGAUGAAAGUCCGAAAUUUUUGAAAAAUACGUACAGUGCAGAAAUCAGUGAGACUUCUCCAAAGCAUUCAACAGUGAUCACCUUGAGAGCUAAAGAUAUUGAUGAGGAUGCCGAUUUAGAGUAUGGAUUGGCAUGUCCUUGUCAAACUUGGGAUGCGUCGGGAUCCAUGGGGUCGAGUGAGGAUGCAGAAAGAUUUUUCAAGAGUUUGAGCAUUAACCCCGAAAACGGAGAAGUGAUUCUCCAAGACACAUUUUCUCACAAGCAAACUGCCGUCUUGGAAUUUAUCGCUAACGUCGUGGACAGGAACGGAAUAACUUUUCAGAAUGAUUCAGCCGCUGUGACGCUUUACAUCACGGCUGCGGAAAGGAACAAGCCGAUUUUUGGGCAUCCUUGGAGCAUUGGAAGUCCGUGGAUCAAUUUGACUAUCCCGGAAGAUUUAGACGUAGAAACUGCGGUUGUCGAUUUAAACGCUUGGGACUACAUAGCAGGAAAAGCUGUCACCGAUUUUGAACUUAUUGAGUUGGAUUCGAAUAACUUUGGAUUGAAUGGAAGUCAACUUGUGGUCAUUUCCGAGUUAGAUUAUGAAUUACAAGACAUGUACAUUUUACAAGUCAAGGCAAAGGAUGAGAGGGGUGGAGAAUCCAUUGCAAAUCUUGGCAUACAGAUCUCAGAUAUCAAUGAUCACUCUCCCUCAUUUUCAAAACCCGAGUACAAAGGAAAAGUGACCGAGAAUGCCGUCUUCCCAACGCCCAUCAUCACCUUGGAAGCCUCUGACUUGGACGACCCUUCGAACUACGGUGCAAUCAGGUACGCCCUGACCGGCCCACAAAGCGACCUCUUCACCAUCGACCCUCUUGCCGGCAUUGUGCAAGUCGCACCUGGUGCAAUUAUCGAUCGGGAGAAGGAUGAAACUCACAAAAUCACAGUUCUUGCGAUGGACACCCCGUCCGGCGGCCCCUUUCAGCGAACUGCCACAGCCACGUUGCACAUUAUUGUUGAAGAUGAAAAUGACAAUGAUCCGAUUUGCGACACGGAGGACUACCUCGUUCCUGAAAACGCUCCGGUUGGAACAUUUAUUGGGCUCGUGGAUUGCAAAGACGUCGACAAAAAUCCCAACAUCACAUUCCGCCUCGUCGAUGACCACCACUUGAAUCUCUUUGCGAUUGACAAGAAUUCUGGGAAACUGAGUGUCGCCAAAACCCUACGAGCUCGUGGAAGAAAUGCUCCAUAUGUGGUUAGCCUUAUCGUGGAGGAUGGGAAGGAACGAUUUGUGAGCUUAUCUAUUGGGAUCAAAGUAUCCAACGUUAUUCCUAACGAUGGGCGACCCCAAUUCGUUCACGACACCUUUAACGCCACGAUCCUUGAAGGAGCUCCACGUGGAACGCAAAUCUUCCAAGUGAAAGGACACGACACGGAUGCCUUCGACAAUGGGGAGGGUCAGCUAAGUUACCAUCUUCUCAAACAAUUGUAUCCAUGUCACAGCAAGACGCUGAAGGAGAACGUGCACCGUAACAUCGUGGAUGUCGAACUCUUCCGCUUGGACGAACAAUCCGGAUCUCUCACGCUAAAGGACGCCAUAGAUCGGGAGAAGAUGGACUGCUUUUCACUCUUGAUUUCCGUCGAGGAUUCUGGAACACCGCCACAAAGCGAUUCAGCAUGGUUUGAAAUUUACGUGGUUGACGUGGACGACUCUCUCCCUUAUUUGCCAGUUGCGGAGAGAAAUGUCAAACUGGUUUUGAACGAGAAUACUCCAAUCGGAUCCAUAGUUCAUCGCUUUUCUGGAAUCGAUGAGGACCUCGCCCCAAAUAAUUUGAUCACCUUUGACAUUUCUGGGGGAGGAAGUGAUCUCUUCCAAGUCGUUUCAAGUGGACAUCAGACAGCAAAUCUUGUCCUGAAUGUGGACCUCGCUCAAAUGGAGCAUGACGAUUUAACGCUGGUUGUAAAAUGUCACCCCACUGGAAAAAAGAUUUCUGUUCCUGACUGCAUUUCCAAAGUUAAUGUAAAAGUCACCCGAGAUUCGGUGGGGGCCGGUGGGGGUGGUGGGGGCGGCGGCGAAGGGAAUAAAUACAGGCUCAAUUCCAAGACAAAAUACUAUGAAAUGAUUGUUGGGGCAGCGUCCGGUUCGCCGAUAGGAAAUCUGAUUGGAAACGCUGGCAUGCCCAAGAGAAUUCACACCUCGACACAAAUGUAUCACCCAAGGCAAGUCGGAUCUUCUCCAACGAACGUGUCAGAGCUUAUCCACAUUGACGAGGACACGGGAGAUAUUUUUGUGUGGGACAAUUUAGAAAAGUAUUCCAAUGGUCAUCUCAGAGUCCAAAUGGUGGAUGAGGAUGGAGGCAUGAAAAAAAACUUGAAGGUCUUCAUCGCACCGAAUGAGCACCUCCUUCAUGCGUCAAUGAUUGAAUAUUCUAAACUUCGCAAAUGGGUAGAGGAAACGGACGCAUUCUUAAAUUCGCCACAUAAUAAGAGUGGUGGAGGAAGUGUCAAAAUGGGUCAAUUUCACGUCUUAACUUUCGAUCAAAGCAAUGCGCCCGAUGGAAAAACGAGGGUGUGUUUCCAGCUUUUAGAAAAUGAAAAUAUGGUGAGCCAGGAUAAGGCUAUGAAGAUUUUGGAAAAUGGUGACCUUCAGGAUCUUUUCUUAAAAUACACAAUUGACGAGGUUCACAGGGGUUGUCCCUCACGACCUCGUGCCCCCGUAAGAUUGAGUCUCGUCACUGCUGGGACAGGGCGUUUUUGGGUGGAACGCUCCCUUCUCGGUAUAGCGUCCGUUGUGGCAAUCGCGUGUAUUAGUUCAAUUCUUAUUUUAUGUUUAUUAAAUCGAAAUCGGGGAAAACGUUAGCCAAUUUUAUAUUUUAUUAAUUGAGUGAAUUUGAUGAUGUUACAAAUGCCUAUUUUAUUUAUUGAUGAGAAUGACAAAACUAUAUAGAUGAAAGAAUAAAACCGACCGACCUUAUUUUUUUAAAAGAAAUCAGAACAUUACCAUUUUUAUCCUCAAGUUUUUAUUAUAAAACACUGCGUAUGCAUAUAGAUAUAUAUGGUUCAAAAAGGUUAACAUUACGCAUGACCUAAAUAA